UAGCACUAGGAUGCAUCAUAAUAAACUCUUGAAAGCUACGUGCAUUUGUCAUCACAUAAGCAUUUUAUAGACCAGUUCUUCUGGCCAAAACAAACUAACAAAAGGGUUCAAAAUUGCUCCAAUCCAAUCUAUGUGUCUGCAUGUGUGUAUAUAAAUGCAGACUCUAAUACAGACCAGCAGAAGAAUGGUGGGUGCCUACUAAUUUUAAGGACCGUUAGGUUGAGAAACUGAGUAGAAAAUUGGAUGUGUCACAGUGGUUUGUGCUUCUGGUAACAUCUGCAGUUGAAGCUCUCCUAUUCUCUGUGCAAGUUAUUGUUCAGCCCGCGAGCCUGAACAAGUUUUCAGUAAUCGGCACAACCAAGAGUGAGUCUGGUUUCCUAUUAGCAUCUAAACAGGUUCAUUUCAGUUGGAGAUUCUUUAGUGCUGAAACUAAACAAUGGAGGAAAAGUAUGAUGAUGGGGAGAAAAUUGGGUCAGUGAAAUCAACGCUGAAUUUUUAUGUGGAGAGAAUGUCUGAUAGCUAUUCUCCGAAGAGAAAAAACCUGAAGGAUGUCUCAGAGAAGCCAUCUCCAACAAAGAGGGAUGUACAUUCGACCAGGAGGGAGACAAGUCAAUUCAGGAAUAGCACAAGGGACGCGGAAGCAGCUAGAGCCAAGACAGAAUCAGAGCUUUUUGAGGCUAAAAAGACUGUUAAAGAUCUGGCUUCCAGAAUUGAGGAAUCAAAUUCCAGGGUUAAAAAGAUUGAAGAACUCGAGAAACAAACCAAGUCAAGAGAGCUUGGACAAGACCAGAGAUGCAAUAGAAGAGAGGACGAUCGGUAUGUAGAAAUAAUCAAAGAACUGGAUUACAUAAAACAGGAAAUCAGAAAGCUCAAGGCUGACAUGGCAUUUGUGCUAGACCAAAAGAGGGAUGCAGAGAAGGAAACUGAAGCAUCAAGUUCAAAAAUAAAGUCUUAUUCAGGUUCAGUGGAAGUACUCAGGAAAGAAAUUGAUGAACUUAAUGAAGAGCACGUCCUAGUUGAACUGGCAAGGAUGGAGGCCAAUAAGGAGUACAAAGAAAUUGAAGCUAAGCGAAAAGAGGAUGCCAAGCAGCAUUCAUCAGUACUAGAAGGAACUAGAAAAAAAGUGAGUGAUCUGAAUGAUCUCUUUGAAGAAAUCAACAGUACUGAAGAGCUUCAAAAUAAAUUGGCCAAUACUACUUAUGAUGUCGAUACACUAAAAAAUGAACUAGCAUUGGUUAUGUCAAAGGACACUAAGAAAUCAGAGGGUUUAGAAUAUGCGGAAAAGGGAGAAGAAUCGGAAUCUCCAUCUUUCUUACAGUUAGUGUUGGAAGAAUUGGAAGCUGCAAAGAAAGAACUAGCUCUAAUUAAUGAAGAAGGUUUUCAGUUCACAGCUUCCAUGGAUAUCAUAAGAGAUGAAGUAAAACAUCUUUCUGAAGAAAUUGCUCGACUAAAGAAAACGGAAGAGAAGGCAGACUUAACUGUUCAAAGUCUUAAUUCAAAGCUUUUGAGGGCAAAUUUGAAACUGGAGGCUGUAUGUGCAGCUGUAAAGGAGGCUAAUUCUAUGUCAACAAGUCUCGAAGUUGCUCUUGAACAAUUAAAAACUGAAGCUGAGGCGGCGAAGAGAGAAAAGGAGCUUAUAAGUGAAGACACUGCAAAAAUGAAAGCCGAAGUUCCUAAAAUUGAGUCGGAAAUAGACAUCUUGCAGGCAAAACUGGAAGCUGCAAUUCAAGAGCUAGGCUCAGUAAAAUCAUCAGAGGCUACAGCUCUUGAAAAUUUAAAAGCUAUAGUUGAGAAUUCAAUGCGAUCAAGAGCCUCAGCUUCUCGACAUAGCGCCACAAUAACAAUCUCAACAUUUGAGUUCGAGUACUUAAAAGGACGUGCAGCAGGAGCUGAGGAACUUGCAGAUAAAAAGGUAGCGGCAGCUCACGCUUGGAUAGAGGCACUGAAGGCCAGCGAGAAAGAGAUACUGAUGAAAACUGAGAUAGCUCAUAGAGAGCUGAGGGAGGAACGUAAUGCACAUGAAACAGAAGAGCCUGUUUUGACAAAAGUAUCAGACAAUGAGGUACAAAUUCCAGGAAGAAAAGUCGACAAGUUUAUAGAGCCUACUAAAAUGCAGCUCGAGGUACCACCAAGGAAAAGUGUAAACAAAUAUGGUACCUUGACACCGUCAAGAAGAUCAAGGGUUCGGACCUCUGCUUCUCCAGCAAAUAGGAAUAUGUCGAAAUCAAAUUCUAGUUCACUUGACAGAAAGAGAAAGGGAGUCCCAACUUUAGCCAAGUUCUUAAGCAGCAACAACAAUGAAAGAAAUCAGUAAACAGUCAAAUACAAGAACACGUACAGUCGCUGUAUGGUGAUAAACAUGAAUCUUUCGAAUAAGGAGGGGUUUGCAGUUCUGUGUGCCGGACAUGGUAAUAUUUAACUAAUUUUGAAUGCCUAGUUCCUUUUUCGUUUCCAGGAACUGAUAAAAGCAUCUACAUUUUACCGAUUAAGCUCCAGUGUCUAUGUGCAAGAUGUUGUAAACUUGAAAUGCAAUGUCAAGAGCUUGAUUGAUAAAGUUAAGAGAUCAUAUGUCAGUUUUGUUUG